UUCCGCAGGUGUUUUAUGACCAACUUACAGAGAGCUUGCCACGUCUUAAAUUCACCUUACUUAUCAUCUGACGUGUGCUUGAAAUUAUCUAUUGUUCUGUCGACUGCUAAGUGACUAGUAUCUUCAAUAUGGCUGCCACAUCCCUCGUGCUAUUCCUGUGCAUAUGUGCUGUAUUUGCAGACGAUUCGGAAAGCGGUCCGCCAUCCGGGGUCGAGGAUGUCACUGAAUUGAUAGUUGUAAAGGUUGAGGUACCUGAGGAGUGUAACAGGAAAACGAAAAAAAACGAUUUGUUGUCCAUGCAUUACACUGGCUACUUAACAGAUGGAACGAAAUUUGAUUCAAGCCGUGACCACGGACAACCCUUCCAGUUCCAGAUGGGCAUUGGUCAGGUGAUCAAGGGAUGGGAGCAAGGUCUAGAUGACAUGUGUGCUGGAGAGAAACGUAGGCUGACCAUCCCUCCUCACCUUGGCUAUGGUGACCAGGGUGCUGGAGACAAGAUCCCGCCUAAGGCCACUUUAGUAUUUGAUGUGGAACUGGAAAAGAUUGAGGAAGGUCCGGCUCCCCAGAAUAUAUUCAAACAGAUUGAUUCAAACGGAGACAAUGCUUUAUCUCAGGACGAGGUACACAUUUAUGGUUAAUUACUCUUGUGAUAAUGAGGGCUUGCUGUCAGUAAAGCUAGAGC